AUGUUUUCUACUCUUCUUUUUUGGCGACAGUGAGAAAUCACAAACCUUGCUGCCCUAAGGGAUUUGCUCUUUAGGAGGAGCAAAAAGGAAACUCCUUGUGUUCUUAUAUCGGCUCAUUUUGGAGGCAAUUCCACUGGAUGUCUUUUGCUGUAUUCUUGAAGUGAAUUAAUAUCAGUACUGUGUCUUGCUCCUGCAAUUUUUAAUAUGCCUUCAAAACACAAUGAAUUAAAAGUGGAUGAAGAGGAUGAUAAUUCAGUGGUACAACUUCCGGGAAUUCCACUGGCACCUCGUGACCAAAGUUCAAAAAAUGGAGUGUAUUUCAUUCUUGAGAAAGCUUCACUGGUUGCUGCAUAUGUUGGCAAAAAAUACCAAAUUUUGAAUCCAGAUGAGCAUGCCAAUUUUUUGCGGAGGAAAAAUUUGAAUCCUUAUGAUUAUAGGCCUGAUAUUGUUCACGAGGCUCUCCUUCAAAUUAUGAGUAGUCGGCUUCGCAUGGCUGGUAGAUUACGUGCUGUAUUCAUCAGGACUGAUGAAGGAAUUCUUAUUAGAGUCGAACCUCAAACUCAAAUACCAAAAACACUGGGAAGCUUUUGUAAUAUGAUGGCGGAGUUGCUGCAAAAGUUCAGUAUCAAGUCAAAGAAUGGUCAGGGAAAGCUUUUAAGGUUAAUUGAAAACCCUGUGACUCAUCACUUUCCUGUCAACUCCCGCAAAAUAGGUCUUUCUUUUAGUUCGCCCAAGGCAGUUCAUUUAAGAGACUAUGCUGAUGCCGUUAAUUGUGAUGAGAACCUUGUAUUUGUUGUUGGUGCAAUGGCUCAUGGAAAAAUUGAUGUUGACUACAUUGAUGAUCUUAUAUCAGUUUCAGCUUAUCCGUUGAGUGCUGGGACUUGUCUUAGGCGGAUCUGCAUUGCGUUAGAGAGAAAUUGGAAGAUCCAAUGAAUUUGAAGUUUUUAUUUUUGAUUAACGAGUAUAUAUAAGGCGAGUGUUUCCCUUGGUAUCUAUUUUCAUUUUAAAAUAUUUGAUGAUUCUCUUAAUUUAAAAUUUCCCAUUUGCCUAUAAACCUCUCCAUCUAAAUAUAUUCUUGUGGGCGGAUGAGUGGUACUGAUAUUCUUGUUAGGGCAUAUUUUCUCUAGUUUGAUAAACAAGAUUUUGUAUCUAAAAUCAAUGUGUAUAAUUAGAAAGUUAAAAAUCGAUAUAAAAAUAAGGUUUAUAUAAGGAUUUAGUCU